GCCAAGAAGAAAUAAAAGAUGGCUCAGAGGAAAGACUAUCAAUUACAGCUUAUUGAGACACUGUACAACAAAAUACCUGCUUUUACAGACAUCUUUACAGAAGAAACUUUUUAUAUGACUGCAGCUGCAGUUGUUGUUAGUACAUUUGUUGUUGUGUUCAUUUUGUCACGAUAUAUUACAAUUAAGCCUGUAGAUAUUUAAAUAAUUUUGGAAUAGUUUAUUAUAUAAAGAAAUAGUAGUGUAUGCUUGGAAGUACGUUAAUAAAUGAAUGAU